UGUUUUAUGUGGUUAUCAUGUCGGUAAAUGUCUACUUUAUUCUUUUGCCUUUAACCUGAGGAUUUAUAAGUGAACAAUAGUCAAUAAAACAGGAUUGUAGAAACACUGUAGAUUAAUUAUCCUUUUCGAUAAUAAAUAUAUAGUAAAGUACAUAAUGGAUGUAUUUCUAAUGAUUCGACGAAAAAAUAUGACGAUAUUUACUGACGCAAAAGAUAAUACCACAGUUCUUGAACUUAAGAAAAUUAUAGAAGGUAUAUUAAAAAUACCACCUGUAAAUCAGCAGCUGUUCAACAAAGAUAAUGUUGUAAUGUCAGACAGUAAAUUUUUAUCUGAUUAUGGAUUAACAUCAGCAACUGCCAAAGCACAGUGUCCUGCAUUAGUAGGAUUAGCUGUUCGCCAAGAAAAUGGUCAAUUUGAAACUUUAGAGAUGACACCAUUUUCAUUGCCACCUGACCUACCAGAUGUCAUGAAAUCUCAAGAAUCCAAUAGCCAAGAAUAGUCGCCUUGAAAUAAUGUUACUAUUGUGAAGAAGCUGAUGAUAAGGUGUUGAAUUCAACUCAAUUUUAUAAUUGUCAGAUAUUUUUAAAAAGGCUGACACAGUUUAAACAAACAUAAUGUGAAUACUAGAUACAUACAAGUUUAUAUGAAUAUUAAAAAUCUCAAAAACUUUUUUAACUUUCUUAAGGAGAAUGUUAAGUAACUGCUCAUUCCCUGAUUUUUGUUCUCCUUUUUUGCGAGUGAUGAACAACUACUAUUUGUACUUGGAUAUUUGACUGAAAGGGAUAAUAAAACAUGAAGCUUAUGAUCCAGUA